AUGAAACGCUUCGAAGCUCCUGAUUCCGAUUCCGGAUCUUCAUAUUAUUCUGACUCAGACCCCUCUGCAAAGAAAAGGAGAAGGUCUUCAUCUUCUUCAGACUCGGCAGACUCAGGCUCCAACGCCAUUGGUGACACGAAGUGCCAGCCUGCAGGGCUGUUUCUCAACCAGCUGGCAGUGAUGGAGGACGGAACGAGAUCUAAAGAGGAUUCAGUGUAUGCGCAAAGUGGGAAAGACCCAAGCCGGAUAAAGGCAGCUCUCAAAGAGCCAUGCUGCAAAGCAGGAUGCAAAAAGGGACUUUGUUUCAGACUCGUUUUGAACAUGGUCACAUUGUUUUGGGCAUUGCCAAAGGUGUCUCAAGACAACCUGCUGUGGGCAAUGCAGCAAACAACUCACCCACAAAUGUCUGACAGUGAAGAUGAGAGUUUGUCUGGCCAAGCGCGGCACAAGAUCUCAUGGAAAUUGGAAGGCCGGUCAGUUUGCCGCCAAGCAUUUAUCAAGAUCUUGGGCAUCAGUGCUCCCCGUUUGGUUCGUACCAGACAUACUUUCAAAGGUAUCGAUGCGAGAGCAUGGAGCUCUAAGGGCCGUUGUGAAGCAAAUGCUUCUGCGUCUGUCCUGACCUUCCUGGAGAAGGUUUACUGGAGCAUUGGUGAGACAUUGCCCCAUGAGCUUAACAUCGAGGGGGUGAAAAAACUGGACACAGAGGGUGCCAGGGAAGAACUUCUCAAGGCGUUGGUGGACAGUGCUCUAGAAAGCGAUUUGGCUCGAGGAGUCGUAUGGUCUGGGCCAGGAAGUCUUCCGAGACGAUGGCUCCCGCACGGGUCAUAUCAUGAACUGUACACAUUGUAUUGCGCUCACCAAAGUACUGCAGGUGAGAAGUGUGCAUCAGCCAGCACGUUUUAUAGAGCUCUUUCCACUUCAGGCUGGUCGAAAAAACUGCGCUUUAGCCCACCCUCUGCACAUAGCAAGUGCAGUGUAUGUGCAAAGCUUCGAGCACAGAUUCAGCACGCGAAAGGAAUUCAACAACAUUUGGAAGCGUGUGACAAACUGUUACGGCACCUUGCUGGGCAAUAUGCAGACCGAGAAUGUUACUGGACAUGUCGGUCGAGGGCCAAAACAUCUGGAGACCUUGUAUGCAUCAUCACCGAUAGCAUGGACCGGAGUAAAUACAGUUUACCCCGGUAUCACAGGGGUCGGGCGCCCAAGGAUGUAGAAACCACGAAGCGGCCAAACUGUGAAGUUACGACAUCAAUUGUACACGGCGUGGGGAUUUUCACCUACAUCGCUGAUGAGGGCCAGAGUACCGGUUCAAACUGGACCAUAGAAACACUCAACCGGUCAUUGCAACACACCCACAAUGUCUAUCAGAAGUGGAACAAACCAGUUCCUGGAGUUGUCAAAAUAUUUGCAGACAACACGCCCAAAGAAGUGAAGAACUCGAUCAUGGGCAGCUGGUGUUCCAUGAUGUCAACGGCAGGGUUCGUGAGAACUAUAUCUCAUGAACAUUUACCUGUGGGUCAUACUCACGAAGACAUCGAUGGCUACUUUGGCUUGCUAUCUCGAUUCAUCAAAGAAGGUGAUGAAAAUUUGCAGAACCCU